CCGCGCCCGGGGCCUUACGUCGCCGCGCCCGGGGCCUUACGUCGCCGCGCCCGGGGCCUUACGUCGCCACGCCCGGGAGACUGGGAAACGCCGCGCCUGCGCAGAAGGGCUGGCGGGCGGGGGCGCUCAGGGCACCUGGUCGGCGACUUCCCGGCCCGAGGUGUAUCUCCAUGAAUAACUUAAAUGACCCCCCAAAUUGGAAUAUUCGGCCCAAUUCCAGGGCUGAUGGAGGUGAUGGAAGCAGAUGGAAUUAUGCCCUAUUGGUUCCAAUGCUGGGACUAGCUGCUUUUCGCUGGAUUUGGUCUAGGGAGUCGAGAAAAGAAAUAGAAAAGGAGAGAGAAGCGUACCGUCAGAGGACAGCCGCCUUCCAGCGGGACCUUGAAGCCAGGUACCACGCCACAAUCGCAGAAAGCCGGCGGGCCGUGGCACACUUGUCCCUGGAACUUGAAAAGGAGCAGAACAGAACAACUAGUUACCGAGAAGCCCUCAUCUCUCAGGGGCGCAAGUUGGUGGAAGAGAAGAAACUUCUGGAGCAGGAGCGGGCUCAGGUCCUUCAGGAGAGGAGGCAGCCCUUGCGGAGUGCGUACCUGCGCUGCCUGGGCCAGGAGGAGGACUGGCAGCGCAGGGCCAGGCUCCUGCUGAGCGAGUUCGAGGCUGCGCUCACCGAGAGACAGAGCAUCUACUGCAGCCUGGUGCUCCCUCGCCGCAGACGCCUCGAGCUUGAGAAGAGCUUGCUGGUCCGUGCGUCCACCGACCCGGUGGCUGCAGACCUCGAGAUGGCAGCUGGCCUCACUGACAUAUUUAAGCACGAUACGCACUGUGGAGACGUCUGGAACACCAACAAGCGCCAAAACGGGAGGCUCAUGUGGCUGUAUCUCAGAUACUGGGAACUGAUCGUUGAACUGAAGAAGUUUAAGCAGGUAGAGAAAGCCAUACUGGAAAAGUAAGUCAGGAAUGAACGGCUCCGGGUCAGAGUCCUGCAUUUCGGGUUUUCCGACGUUCGCUGCUCCUCCUGCCAGUGCUCCCUUGCUGUGACCGUGCAUGCACACCACCGCCUGUCAGCAGUGGCCACGCCUGUCACCUCUGAGCAGGACAGAGAGCCUCUGUCCCCUGCAGCAGCUGAGGAUGCAGUCUCAGAAGCAGAUCAAUAUUUUAUUAAGCAGAACAGGAUAACCUCACAGCUUUAGAGUAUAAUUGUUUUUAAGAAUGUCAAAUACCAUGUUCAUCCUAUAAGUCAUUUUGUCACUCCCUAAAUAAGUUCUGUUUUCUCCUCAAAUAACUUUUCUCUUUCCUAAAACUACAGUUAGAAGUUGUCAGGUAGUGGUGAGGACUGCCUCACAGAUGGGAACAGAUGGUGGUGACGCCAGCAAGGUUUCGUGGUCUGAAGCUCUUGCCCAUCAGAGUGUUUCUGCUUUUCACUUGAUAACCCUUGUGGGUGUUUGGAGUUUGCUGUGUCUGUAUUCAGUAAGCAGAUACUAUUUAUUUAGGUUGGUGUAAAGGUAAUUACAGUUUUGCAUUGUUGAAUUUUGCCAUUUGAUAUUGAAAUACAUUCUUAAAUAAAUGAAGUUAUGUUUUGAAA